GAUCCUCUGGUCUUCUUCAUAGCCUUGCCCACUCUGACACCCAGUGUUCCCUCAGCUUCCCUCUUAUUCCAGUGAUAGGAACACAGACAGCUAAUAGCAGGCUUCCAGCCAUGGAUCUCCGAGUCAGUACUCUCUUUGUGAUGCUUACCUAUUGCUUCUGGUAUGGAGAUGCUCGAAAUUAUGAUCAGACUCUCACUGUGGCAAAUGGAGGUGGAUGGGGUGAAUGGGCUCAACCAGCAUUAUGUAAGGAAGGAUAUGUAAAGGGAUUCGCCUUGAAGGUAGAGUCCUAUCAAGGUAGUCUGGCAUGGAAUGAUGAUACAGGCUUGAACGGCAUCCGUCUCUACUGCGAUAAUGAUGAGACAGUAACGUCCAAGAUUGGAGAAUGGGGAUCAUGGAGAAAACCUGAAUAUUGCCCUAAAGGGCACCUGACUUCCUUCUCAUUGCAAGUGGAACCUAGUCAAGGUGCUAUAUAUGAUGAUACUGCAGCAAACAACAUCAAAUUCGUCUGCAAUGAAGGGUUUGUUUUGACAGGCGAGGCACAUGAUUGGGGGAAAUUUGGUUUUUGGAGUGAACCGUGCUCUUCCGGCGCCAUAUGUGGGCUUCAGACAAAGAUAGAGGACUCACAGGGUUCUGGUGAUGAUACCGCACUGAAUGAUGUAAGGUUCUUCUGCUGUAAAUGAAACCUAGACUUCCAGCACAUCUAAAGCAUGCUAGCAUGAAGCUUAUUAACCAUUAAAUCCUAAGUAAACUC